GGCUUUUUAUGUUUUUGCCUUCGCACAUGCUAACAACGCGUGUAAACAAUAGAGUUAAAAUAAUAGUAGUUGUUAUUCGAAACAGUUGUUACAAUCGGUAUUCGCAUUAAUGUACUGACAUUUGAAAACUAUACCACAGUUUUAGUGUGAACAUCAGUUUUUAUUCAAGUUUCCUCGAGCAAAAAUGGAUAUGAAUACAGAUGGCUUUGUGGUACCGAACAUGCAAGCAUGGUUUCGGCAGAACAGUUUCAUGUGCACACCGGACAAUGGACUACUCUACCAGUCGCGGGCUGACAUCAACUACAUUGCUCCACUGGUCAACGGUCAGCUUCCUAAAGUUCGCAUCAUCAAUGCUAAAACAACAAUCAAAGCGCUCGCUUGCUCUCCAGAUUGGACAGAGGGCCGAGAGUUCGCCACCUAUGAUGAUCAACACGCGAUCCAAGUUUGGGAUCUUGACAAGGGAGAAUCGGUGAAAGGUCACAAAGGACACCAGCACUGGGUGUCCUCGCGUUCGGAGAAAAACAUCGAGGUUAACUCUGCUAUUUGCUACACCCACGCACAGAAAAUAGUUUCGGUUGAUCAUUCGGUUUUGAUUGUAUAUUGCCUGGUCACCAACAGCUACAAGACAUACGCCGAUUUCUUUCGCGAGAAUUCCGUAAUCGUAGUUCUUUCACCGUGCCCGUACGAACGAGACAUUUUUGCAGCCGGAUUAAAAAACGGCUUAAUUAAGAUUGUCUCCCUACAUAAAAUGACAGUAUUGUACAAUUUGCGCGGACACGAUAAGGAAAUUGUUUCACUGGAUUGGAUGAAGGUGAGUGUGCUAUCGAAGUUACCCGCGGAAAACUGGAGAAGAGAGGAGCGGCCGAAGAAAGAAGCUCGCAAGAAGAGAGACAAGAAAGUGGAAGAAAGUCCAAAACCAACAGACACAUCCACGCCGGCGGUCGACACUUCAGACAUAUUCGACAUUUACGAGUACAACGAGCAGGAAGAAGAAUUCGGAACAAUUGUGGAUCGGACUACCUCAACAUUCGAUCAGAGAGAUCGUUACCGGGAAAACAUACACACAACGGAGGGUUUUAAUUUUUUGGAAGCUUGCCAGAAUUUGAAGGAGGACAUAAUCAAAGCCAAACAGGAAGAUGAAGCGGCGGAAGAUGAAAGCGGUCAACCCGCGGAUGAUGAAACGGAAGGAGCGCACGCUUUGAAUACGGACGACGAGAACGAACUGGACGAGGCGGAAAAGUUGAGAGAUUUUAUUAUCGUUGAUGGCGAAGGAAAAGAGAAACGCAAAAGUGGCUCGGAAGAGGAAUCGGAGGAAGAACAGAAGGAGGAAGGAACGCCUCGGAUUGUACUGGCGAGUAGCAGCCGGGAGAACAUUAUUCACUUUUGGAACUACUACUCUGGAGUGUCCAUCGAUAAGGUGUCUCUUCCGAAUAGCAAUGUGAGCAAACGCCUGUGUCCGGGGACAUUUAUUACGGCGGUGUGGUUGAAUGAGUCGAAAAUUGUAGCCAAUAGUAUUACAGGAAACGUUUUCGAGUGGAAGGUUUCGUUCUACUUUCAAGGGCCGUCAAUCAGAAUGAAAGCAACUCGAAGUCUAAAGCACUAUCCCGUAGAUGCAGCGAUUUAUGUUGUGCGGGCCAUGGGCCCCAUUGCCGAUUAUGAUCCGAAAGUGAGAUACAUUUGGUGUCAGUCACUCAAUCGGAAAUUUUUGGCUGUUUCCACAUCGGAGAAGCCGGAAAUCGUAGCAGAUUUGGCCUGCCUUGCUAUUGGAAAUACGUGCGUGGUUGAAAACCCUAUGGAAUCGACCGUGUUGGCAAUUGGUUGUACCGAUCGAAGACUGGUUACGCUGAACCUUGCAAGCAUGGCUUACAACGAGGUUACCGGUGUGCCUUUCAUGAACAAAGUAAGCAGUAAAGUUACUGCGCUCGAUUGGCACCCGGAACGGGAGAAUAUAAUUGCGUUCGGAACUUCCGAAGGUAGAGUGGGCAUGCUCGAUACGAACAACCAAAUAAACGUGCCGGUACUGUUACCCUCCUUUCUUUCGACUGACGUGUACAGUCUGAAGUGGAGUGAGAUUACCGAUGAUAUGCGGGUACGGCAGACGGUGCUGUUCGCAACCGGCAAGGCCAAGAUGGCGUACUAUAAGAUGAAGCCGGGAAAGCAUGAGAUGAUCGAGAUGCAUCAGUGCGGCAUGGUUUCGAGUGUGUCGGCUUCGGAGCAGUACCUGUUUGUUGGCACCCAGGAUGGCUUUGUGUACGUCAACGAUCUCAGCAAGAAUCUCGCACAGUUGUACCGCCGCAGCAUCACCCGUCGCUACAUCACCUCGAUGCAGUUUAAGGACAAUAUUUUGGCCGUUGCAUCGAAUGAAAACAGUAUUAGGCUUAUCGAUUUCAGUAGUACGAUUGACGAUAAAGUUGACGACAACAUCAGGCUGCUGGAUGGCCACAGUAAAGGCGUUUGUUGCCUACGGUGGGGUUACGGUGAUAGCAAACUUCUGGUGUCGGGUGGCUUUGACAGCAGUGUCCGCGUGUGGGACACGAUCAACCGCAGUUGUAUAGCGGUAUACAACAGUGUUGAUUCCGUGUAUUGCGCCAUAUUUUCGCCGAUCAAUGAAAACAUCAUCAUUUUGACCGGCAAGGGAACAACGUUGGCGUUCAUUGACUACACAAAGCAUCCUCCGUUGGAUAAAUCUACAGUAAAGAGCGAAGCUGCAGAAGAGAAGGUUGAACCGACCACACGUUCUGAAGAAAGUAAGGACGAAGAGGAAAAGUCCGAGAAGACUGACGCACAGGUAGACGAGCUGGCCGAUCAGUUGAAGCAGGUUAAGUUCAAAGAAAUCAAGCCAAUUCAACUGAAGAGCAACGUUCCGACGACGUUUCAUUUGUCGAAUCGAGAGAUUAACAAACCUAUCGAUGUGCUCGAAUGCAUCAUAAGAGUGGCUAAUUUCAAAGAGCCAGACGACGACGAAGAUCAGGUUGAUGAAGAUGGCGACGCAUCCGAGAAAGUGGAACCAAAGUCUGUUGAACCGAAGUAUUUUAACGAGAAGUUGUUCACCUCCGAGAAGAACCUACGGGACUUGAUAGCGGAGGAAACUAAAAAUCAUCACGAUGGUCGAACUUCGUCGAUAGGGACGAUUCUGUUGCCUCAGAUCGGAUUUAGAUUGAAGGAAGAGAUCGUCGAAAGGAUUGCGUCCAGAACGCUAACGGAUCAGCUCGUGGCACUAGCUCCGUCAAUUUCCUACGAAUUUUGGCGCAAAUGUUGCGAAGCCUACGGAUAUCAAUUCCUGGAAAAACAAUACGCGCUUGCGUCAAUUCCAUACUUCUUGGCUAGUCAUAAGGUGUCACCAGCUGAUGGUGCGGAUAAACUGUAUUCUACUUUCGCUGUGCUUCUUGACCUGCCGAAAAUGUGGGAGAAAAGUCAUUUUGCGGUCGAUCGUUGCUACUAG